AUGACAACAGUGACGACUAUAACGAGACUCGCUAUUGACUAUGACAACAGUGACGACUAUAACGAGACUCCCUACUUUUUGGGACCACCUGUUGAGAAACCACCUGUACACAAGCCACCAGUUGAGAAGCUACCUGUUUACAAGCCACCUGUAGAGAAACCUCCGGUGUACAAGCCACCUGUUGAGAAGCCCCCAGUUUACAAACCUCCAGUAGAGAAGCCUCUAGUGCACAAGCCACCAGUUGAUAAACCACCUGUACACAAGCCACCAGUUGAGAAGCUACCUGUUUACAAGCCACCUGUAGAGAAACCUCCGGUGUACAAGCCACCAGUUGAGAAGCCCCCAGUUCACAAACCUCCAGUAGAGAAGCCUCCAGUUCACAAACCUCAAGUGGAGAAGCCACCUGUAUACAAGCCACCAGUUGAGAAGUUUCCAAUUUACAAACCUCUAGUAGAGAAGCCUCCAGUGCACAAGCCACGAGUUGAGAAACCACCUGUACACAAGCCACCAGUUGAGAAGCUACCUUUUUACAAGCCACCUGCAAAGAAACCUCCGGUGUACAAGCCACCAGUUGAGAAGUCCCCAGUUUACAAACCUCCGUUAGAGAAGCCUCCAGUGCACAAGCCACCGGUUGAGAAACCACCUGUAUACAAGCCACCAAUUGAGAAGCCCCCAGUUCACAAGCCUCCAUUCGAGAAGCCACCGAUUUACACACCUCCAUUCUAG